ACGAAACAACGACGUGGCGGGAACAUGGACCAAUUGUUACGUUUGCCGCACACAGAGAGUGUUUCACAGUCUCACUCUCUUCUUCUUCUUCUUCUUCUUCUUCUUAUUUUACCGCACAGAGAGAGUUUUUUUCAUUUUUUUGCAGCACUUGUGAUUAAGCGGUAAAAUAACUGAAAUGUCACUGACCCGCACCGCAAUUCACCGUUUCCGUUACAUCUACCGCACAAUAUCACCACCACAACCAUCUCCUAUUUCCGAUCGCUUUCUCUCUCAUCAUCCAAUUCCAAAACCCUUCCAAUUCCACUUCUCUUUUUACUCCUCCUCCUCCUCCCUUAAACAAGAAUCUGUCAAUGGCGGUGAUGACGUUUAUCCCACCGGUGACUUCAAUUUUGUGCCCGUCACCGGCUUCAAUAAAUUCGCCGUCAAGCUCAAGACGCUAAUAGCUUUACCCUGGGAGCGUAUUCAACACGGAAGCGUCUUGAAAAUCAUUUUGCGCGGCCAGAUAUCAGAUCAGCUGAAUAGUAGAUUCUCUAGGGUAUUGUCUCUGCCCCGAAUUUGUGAUAAUUUGUUGAAAGCAGCUUAUGAUCCUCGCAUUUCCGCUGUAUAUCUUCAUAUUGAUAUUUUAAAUUGCGGUUGGGGUAAAAUCGACGAAAUUCGAAGACAAGUCUUAAAUUUCAGAAAAUCAGGAAAAUUUGUUGUGGCUUAUGUCCCUUCAUGUCGAGAAAAAGAAUAUUACAUUGCUUGUGCAUGUGAAGAAAUAUAUGUCCCUCCUAGUGCUUAUUUUUCUUUGUUUGGAUUGACCGUUCAAGCAGGAUUUGUCAGAGGUGUGUUAGACAAUCUUGGAAUUGAACCACAAGUUGAAAAAUUUGGCAAAUAUAAAAGUGCAGGAGAACAACUAACCCGUAAAACCAUGUCCGAAGAUAAUCGCGAGAUGCUGACUACAUUACUGGAUAAUAUCUAUUCAAAUUGGCUAGACAAAGUCUCUUCUGCUAGAGGAAAGAAAAGAGAAGACAUUGAGAACUUCAUAAAUGAAGGUGUCUAUCAAGUUGACAGACUGAAAGAAGAGGGUUUCAUAUCAAGCAUACUCUAUGAUGACGAGGUUAUGACUAGGUUGAAGGAGAGACUUCAGGUGAACACCAACAAAAAUCUGCCUAUAGUUGAUUUCAGAAAAUACUCUGGAGUUAGAAAAUGGACUGUUGGAAUAUCAGGUGGUAAAGAACUGAUAGCCGUCAUCCGAGCCUCAGGGACCAUCCGUCGUGUUGAGAGUCCAUUAAGUGCCCCCAGCAAAGGUAUCAUCGGAGAAAAGUUCAUUGAGAAGAUUCGUAGGGUCAGAGAAUCAAAUAAAUUCAAGGCUGCUAUUAUCCGAAUUGAUAGUCCAGGGGGUGAUGCUCUUGCUUCUGAUCUAAUGUGGAGAGAAAUCAGGCUUCUGGCUGCGUCAAAACCUGUCAUUGCUUCAAUGUCUGAUUUGGCAGCAAGUGGAGGAUACUACAUGGCAAUGGGAGCAGGAGUUAUUGUUGCAGAAAGUCUUACCUUAACUGGUUCAAUUGGAGUUGUCGCAGGAAAGUUUAACCUUGGAAAACUUUAUGAGAAGAUUGGUUUCAACAAAGAAAUUAUAUCAAGGGGUAAAUAUGCUGAGCUCCUUGCAGCUGAACAGCGUUCUUUUAGGCCACAUGAAGCAGAGCUAUUUGCCAAAUCUGCACAGAAUAUUUAUAAACAAUUUCGAGAUAAGGCGGCUUUUUCCAGAUCAAUGACUGUAGACAAGAUGGAAGAGGUCGCACAAGGAAGGGUUUGGACUGGUACGGAUGCAGCAUCUCAUGGUUUGGUUGAUGCUAUCGGUGGGCUAUCCCGUGCUAUUGCUAUAGCAAAAUUGAAGGCCAAUAUACCUCAAGACAGACAGGUUACUGUUGUGGAGCUCUCAAGACCUAGUCCUUCUCUACCAGAGAUUUUAAGCGGUCUAGGUAAUUCUCUAGUUGGAGUGGACCAAACACUUAAGGAAUUAUUACAUGACUUGACAUUUUCCGACGGAGUUCAGGCACGGAUGGAUGGAAUCAUGUUUCAGAAACUGGAAGGAUAUCCAUCUGCCAACCCCAUUUUGGCAUUGAUGAAAGAUUACCUCAGUUCUAUGUAGGGAGAGGCAGAGAUUUUUUUCAUUGUUGUUGCAUAAUAAUAGAAGAUCUACAUGGAAUAGAAAUUUUCUUCGAUUUUAAAUUGUAUAGUAGCAGAUCUACGUGAAAUCCACUGAAAAAUCUAAUUCCUGUAUCUAUUGAGUAGAAAUGGGAACCAUGUGGUUAUAAUGUUGAGAGA